AUGCCAUUUAGUUUUGUUUAGAAACAAAAUUUAGUGUAAAAUGGGUCUAAUAACGAGCAAAGAUACAAGACGUAUAAGCUUUAAUAAUACAUUUGCCUUAACUCCAGUUCUUAUACAAAAAUCAAUUGAAGAUACUGCUAAUAUUAUUGCGAUUGAUAAUUGUGAGAAGAACUCAUCGUCUGAUUUAAACUAUAAAGAUACUAGCAGUAGAUUAAUUGAUCUGCGAGAUGAAGACUAUGAUUAUUGGGCUCACAGAAUAGAAUGCCUAAAGAAUGACCACCAACAAAUAAACCAGAUUUUAGAAGAGGAGUAUCAAAAAACAAUCGAUAAUACGAAUAAAUUAUUUCAUCCACCGAAAAUAAGUCAAGAAAAAUUACAGAAACUUAAGCCCUGUUUUGAGUGGCGAGCCAAGAUUUUGCAAUGCUAUGAAGAUAAUCCUCGUCAGCCUUUAAUAUGUUCUGCCGUAGUACAAGAAUUCAGCAACUGUGUUUCAUCGUGCCAACUGGAAGAUUAAAUCAAAUUCCUAACUACCAUCCAUUUAUAUUUGAAAAAUGCAAUAAACUAAUGUAAAAUUUUAAAUGACAAAUGCAUAUGCAUAAUAAAACACUGG